AUGGAGCAGCGUUUGAAAAAAGUAGUCGGCACGGAAGAGAAAUUUCUUUUUCCUCACUUUGAGUUAGUGAAUUGGUAUGCGGCUAGGUCGUUGAUUUUGGAACAGUUGAGAGAGGCUAAUGAUGAAGGAAAUCGUGCUGAUCAGUACAUAUUAGAUGCUGCGACGGCGUUAAUGCCAUGCUUGAAAGAGUGGAUGCGUCGUGAUAAGGAGGCGAAGAUGAACAGUACAACGUCCUUCAACGAUGUUUUGGUAAAGUUGCAGAGGGAGAUCAACAAACAACACUACGCAUCUACGGUAGUAGAGAAACCUGAUCCAAUGCUAGAAGAGGUGAAUAUGACGCAAAUGUUUGCGCGUCGUAGUUCAAGUGGGCGACAACCACGGCCAUCAGCGUGGCUUGCUGAAGCUGUAGGGUUGGAUGAGUUGGAGAAAACAGCGAAGAAAUUGGAAGGUUUGUCAUUUGCUAUGCGUUACGAGCUGACUGGAUAG